UGGACCGGUUUGUCCAUGGGCGGCGAGUCGGCCGGCUGUCUCCGGCCUGGGUUGAUGGGGGCACCCGGCAUCCCUCCAGCUCCCACCGGUGCUGAAACCUGAGUUCACCUGGGCUCAGGGAUCCCCGAAUUUCUGUGCCACCAGUGUUUGUGGUUCAGGAACUCGGGCGCGGCGGCUGGCCUGGAAGGUUCUGUCCUGGGACUCUGAAGAGGCUACAGGACGCUGUGUGCUGAACCACAUUGUCAACAGGCCCCGACUGCCGCUCAACGCUUCGCCUCUACCGGCCUCCCAGGCAUGGCUGAUGCAUGGGCUCCAGCUGCUGGCAAGAGACCUCAAUGCCUCUCUGCCUAGGCCUCUCCACGGAGCUCCUGGGUGCCUUGGCCACACAGCAGUGGGGUCCCCCUGGAGCAAGCACCAAGGAGACCAAGGUGAGAAGACAAGCUCCUGGUGCCCCCACCGGCCUCGUGCUGAGCAUGGCAGCUGUGGUCCUGCCCCCCACUUGCAUCUCUCAGCAAACAGGUUGCACAGAGGUGACACUGGCUAAGGAAUCCCUGACCAGCUGGUUACAGGAUCUGGUGACCUUUGACGAUGUAGCUGUGGAGUUCAACCAGGAGGAGUGGGCCUUGCUGGACCCUUCACAGAGAACGCUGUACCGAGACGUGACGCUGGAGAACUGCCGAAACCUGGCCUCACUGGGAUGUCGUGUUGCUAAGCCCAAACUGAUAACCCAACUGGAGCAGGAAGACAGGGUCAAGACAGAGGAGAGAAGAAUCCUCCCCAGCCCUCGUCCAGAUCCAGAGCCUGCUUUGAAAGCCAAGUGUUUAGCUCCUCGGAAGCAUGGCUUUGAAAAAGAACACGAUAGUGACCAUAAAUCUCUUCAUCAACAGGAAGGAAGUCACCGAGGGGCCAAACUCAACGAAUGCAAUCAGUGUUUUAAGGUCUUCAGUACCAAAUCCAACCUCACUCAGCACAAGAGAAUCCAUACCGGAGAAAAACCCUACGGCUGCAACCAGUGCGGGAAAUCCUUCAGCAGCCGAUCUUACCUCACCAUUCACAGGCGCAUCCAUAAUGGGGAGAAGCCCUACCAGUGCCAUCACUGCCGGAAGGCCUUCAGCGACCCCUCGUCGCUCCGACUGCACGUGAGAAUUCACACCGGGGAGAAACCCUAUGAGUGUAACCAGUGCUUCCACGUCUUCCGCACCAGUUGUAACCUCAAAAGCCACAAGAGAAUUCACACCGGGGACAAUCACCAUGAGUGUAACCAGUGCGGGAAGGCUUUUAGCACCAGGUCCUCCCUCACCGGACACAACAGCAUCCACACGGGGGAGAAACCUUACGAGUGUCACGACUGCGGGAAGGCCUUUAGGAAGAGCUCCUACCUGACACAGCACGUGAGAACUCACACGGGAGAGAAACCCUACAGGUGCAGUGAGUGCGGCAAAUCUUUCAGCAGUAGCUUUUCCCUCACCGUGCACAGGCGCAUACACACGGGCGAGAAGCCCUACCAGUGCAGCGACUGCGGGAAGGCCUUCAACAAUCUCUCCGCUGUCAAGAAACACCUGAGAACUCACACUGGAGAAAAACCCUACGAAUGUAACCACUGUGGGAAAUCCUUCACCAGUAACUCUUACCUGUCUGUGCACAAGAGAAUACACAGCAGGUGGAUCUGAGUUGCCAUGCGUGGUCCACGAGGAAGCCCUCCGUUGAUUUCCCGCCCCUCAGAGACACCUGACAGAACUCGUGGGUGUUGGGAGUUAACCUGCCGCCAGAUAACGAGUUCCCCUCCCAAACUGUGACAUCAGCCCCUUAGUGUGUCAGAAUGUCAAGAAGUUGGGAAUUCGGGAACAGCUUGGGCCUAGAGUUCUGGCUCUGAGUCCACAACCGUGAAGUUGGCCUCAAGGUGUGAGCCAGAACUGCAGUCAACUGAAGGUUUCGUUGCCGAAGGGAUCCACUGGAAGGUAGCGUCUUCAGCCUUUUCUCGUGCCCAACACAAUCGGAGCUGGUUCUCUACAGAAGACCUUCCAUGCCUCCUCGUGUCGGCCUCAGUAGAGCUGAUUGACUUGCGUGAUGGCAAGUUCCUCCCAGAGUGAGCCAAGAGAACGUGUGUGUGAAAGUCAGAGAGUCUCCCAUGGUCCAGCCACCGACAGUCACGAUUCCACCUGCGUGUUCGUUGUUUCGUCCCGAGACAGCAACUACUCAGGGCAAAAACACUGAGGGGUGAACAUCAUUUGAGAACUAGUGAGGGGAACCUGCUGUGAAACCGACGGAGAAGAGCUUUCAGCUCAGCCUCACUGUUUGAGGAAUGGGAUAGAGUCUUCCAUAGCUGCCCUAUUCGAUCCGCUCUGCCAGGGGAGCCUUAGCAGUAUGACAUGCACGUCAGAGCUUUCCUCUCACACCGUGGCGCCCAAAGGUUGUGUCCUGGGGAAAAGCCGGAGGAGUAGAGUAUCUAUAAAUGAGGCGAUAACGGUGUCUUCCAGAGGAGUCACGUGACAGUUGACACUAAGAGAAAGAAAUCCCUGAGAACAUUGGCAGAAUGCAGACGUGGGAAAUCGCGCUCAUGAGACGCACGGAAAACCUACAGCACAAACGGUCCCUUGAGUGAGCGAAAAGGUGCUGGGGUCAUCUCACUGCGUUGAAUAUGGGAAAGCCUCAGAUGAUUGUCUUUUAACUUUUUUUUUUAAGAGUCUUUUUAAAAAGCAGGUAUCUACUUGUUUUUGUUGUUACUUUUUGAAGAAUGUGUUUUAAAAGCAGAAUGUAUGUAUAGACACGUGUUUAAAUAACAUGGCUGGCCCUGGUAAGUGUUGUAGAUUCAAUGUAUUGAUAGUGACACGCAGUGCUGUGGCAAGGGGAGUCGUGACUCACAGGGUAUGGUGCAAGAAGGACCCUCAUCCACAGAUGCUGUGUGACAGAAACAACCCUACGGUAAUGAUAUGUACAGAAUUCUAACUCUUCACAAGAGAAAUGGCCCAGGACGUUGCCAGGAACCUACCUGCUCCUUGCCUUCAGUGUUGCUGGUAAUUGCCAGAGAGAGAACUUGGUGAAAAAAUUGGCCAGGGAUGAAGGACUAAACCAAGAGGAAAAACUCCCAAGAAGUAGGGUUAACACAAAUAAAUGUGUGUUCGUACAC